CCCUCCAUCCAUCCCUCCAUCCCUCCCUCCAUCCAUCCACCCCGCGGAGGGGGCGCAGCGGGGGCGGCGCAGGCGGAGCGGGGCCGCCCCCGCGGAAGGAACGCGCCGCCCCCGCCGCCCCGCGCCGCCCGCAGAGGGCGCUGCUGCCGCCGCCGCCAACUCCGCGCUCCGCUCCGCGCUCCGCUCCGCGCCCGCCGGGCCAGCGCAGCCCCCGCUCGGAGCCGCGCUCGGAGCCCCUCGGAGCCCCGCACGGCCCCGCACGGCUCCGGCCGAGCCCCGCGGCCCCCGGGGGUGGGCGAGCGGGCGUGGGGAAUGGAGACGCCCGACAGCAUCCUCGGGGCCGUGUGACAGCCAGCGGCGCUCGCACAGCCGGAGCGCACGGAGCCGGAGCCCCGCAGCGCCGGGCAGAGCCGCCCUGCCCCGUCCCGUCCCGCGGGGAGCCGGCAUGGAGUGACAGCAGCCGCCAGGAGAAGCCCCAAAGAGAAACAGAGAUGGCCAAAUUGACAGAGUCGAUGACCAACGUCCUGGAAGAAGACUCAAUGGAGCAGGACAUCGAGAGCCCUGUCACAAUCCAUCAACCAAAGUUGCCCAAACAAGCGCGAGAGGAUCUGCCAAAAAACAUCAGCAAGGAAUGCGCCAAGAGGAAAAUCCAGAGGUACGUUCGGAAAGAUGGGAAAUGCAACGUCCACCACGGGAAUGUCAGAGAGACUUACCGGUACUUGACUGACAUCUUCACCACCCUGGUGGAUCUCAAGUGGAGGUUCAACCUGCUGAUCUUUGUCAUGGUUUACACGGUGACCUGGCUCUUCUUCGGCAUGAUCUGGUGGCUCAUUGCCUACAUGCGAGGGGACAUGGAUCACAUAGGGGACAGCACGUGGACCCCCUGCGUCAGCAACCUCAAUGGGUUUGUCUCAGCCUUUUUAUUCUCAAUCGAGACCGAAACCACCAUUGGGUACGGUUACCGGGUCAUCACGGACAAGUGUCCCGAGGGAAUUAUCCUGCUUUUAGUGCAGUCUGUCCUAGGUUCUAUCGUCAACGCCUUCAUGGUUGGCUGCAUGUUUGUGAAAAUAUCCCAACCCAAGAAGAGGGCAGAAACCUUGGUUUUUUCUACAAACGCAGUCAUUUCCAUGCGGGAUGGAAAGCUGUGUCUGAUGUUCCGAGUAGGAGACCUUAGGAAUUCACACAUUGUAGAGGCAUCAAUACGAGCCAAGUUGAUCAAAUCCAAACAGACAAAGGAGGGGGAAUUUAUACCACUCAACCAGACAGAUAUCAACGUAGGUUAUUACACAGGGGAUGAUCGUCUCUUUUUGGUUUCACCACUGAUCAUCAGCCAUGAGAUUAACCAGCAGAGUCCUUUCUGGGAGAUUUCCAAAGCCCAGUUGCCCAAAGAGGAGCUAGAAAUUGUUGUAAUCCUAGAAGGAAUGGUGGAGGCAACAGGGAUGACGUGCCAGGCCCGCAGCUCCUACAUCACCAGUGAGAUCCUCUGGGGCUAUCGCUUCACGCCCGUGCUCACGCUGGAGGACGGGUUUUACGAGGUUGACUACAACAGUUUUCACGAAACCUACGAGACCAACACCCCCGUUUACAGUGCCAAAGAGCUGGCGGAGAUGGCCAGCCGAGCAGAACUGCCCCUGACCUGGUCUGUUUCCAGCAAGCUGGACCAACACGCCGAGCUGGAAACGGAGGAGGAGGAGAAGAACCAAGAAGACCAAAACGAAAGAAACGGAGACGUGGCCAACUUGGAGAAUGAGUCCAAAGUGUAGGACCAGGGAGAAAUAAAGGCCACCUCCUUUAUCUCCUGCCUCUCUGCUCCCUGUUCCUUUCUGCGACACGCCUUUAAUUUUUUUUUCUCUUCCUGUUAUUGGUAACUCACGGAAAAUAAACAUUUUAGAUGAAAAAUCCCAACUUCAACCCCAGACUAAGCCAAGGCGUGGGUAAAAGCUGCAGCACCCACCAGGGAUGGUGGAAUCUCCCCCUGGCAGUGACUGGUGGCCCCUCUCCAGUGCAGACCUCCAGGUUUUUCCACAUCAACCACACAAAAACCAAUCUCUGAACGCAGAGGAAAUGGAUGCAAGGGAUUUUAAAAGGAAAGACUAAUUCAUGCCCAUCAAAGAAAUGGGCCUUGACUGAGUUUUUAUGUAUUUCAGGACACUUUCACAGACUGGGUGACAGUGGAAUGGGCCUUGCAGCUUUAAGAGGAAGGUGAGCAGAGGGACCUGCAAUCCCCCACGACCCUGUACAUAUGCCUUAUGUAACUAUUUCUCUCUACAUUUAGUAAUAAACGCCGCAUGUACAAAAGUACUGUAGUAAAGAACUUCUAAAUAAUGUACACAGCUGUGUAAUUAAUGUAGGUUUAGAAACAGAGCUCUAGAAAUAUUGGGAUGCAAAAACCAACUACCCGUCGAGUAGGCAUUUCUCUUCAAAUAUUUGCAGUGUAAAAUUGAUUUUAAUUUGUUUUUCUUUCCCCUCCCCUCUAUGACUCUUCGAGUGGGUAACAUUUUCUUCAGUGUACCAGACUGGCAGCUAUUUAGAGUACCUCACUGUUGGCCAAACAGAUUGUUUCACUCACUCUAAAAAGCCAUAAGUCUGGGAGAGGGCAGGGUAGAGAAUUGUCCUCCUGACAUACUGUGAAAAUGUUUACAAAUAAGGCAAAACCCUUCCUGGUUCCUGUUUUCUGGGGGCAGUUCAACUGAAAAAUUGAGGCUGUGGCAAACUCAUGGCUAACCAGAAUUUCCUGUGUACUCUCCAUAGAGCAAGCAUGUGUCAUGUGGAGGUGUUAUCCUUAACGUGCAAUAUCCAGGGAAUCUGCUCCCGUGGGAUCUCAGUGGAGCAGUCUACUACACACAAAAAAUACCCACACACACACAAGCCAUUGAAAAAUGAAUGUUGCACCUCAGCCAGUAGAUUUUAGCUACUUCAGCUGGGAAAGAAGCAGCUGGAUUUCGUGUGGAGCUGGAAUCCGUGACGUUUGCAAUGUGCUGGUGCUGAGGGCGCGGGGGGCACGACGUCCCUGGGGGUGUCCUUCCACCAGGAUUCCCAGGAGAACACACAGGAGGGUCCUGCCUGGCUCAGGGGAGCCCUUCCUCAGUGAGUUCCUCCACCUUGGGUGGCUCCUGGUUGUUGGAAAUCCCUGGGAAUUCCAUCCCUGGGGCAGAGGGAACUCCCAUCACUUCCACGGCAGUGGGAGAGCUCCACCAAGAACAGCAUUUCUGCCAGCAAAGGAGGAGAAGCUGCAGCCUUAAUUCCUUAAUUUUGGGGGGGGUUGUUUCAUGCCUGCCUAUUCCAUGAAGAAAGAAAACACUGAAGAGAAUCCGAAGCUUUUUUCUUCUUUUUUUUUUUUUGUACAGAAAACUUUACGUUUAAAUAAAAGAGAAAAAAAAAAUAAACCUCAGGAGAAACUUGGUGGGCAGGUGGAAAAUUUGCACUGUGAUAUAGCUUUGGCAUUAAAUUCACACCUCUUUUCUUUCUUUUUUUUAGUUUUCUUUUUUGCUGGUACAACUGCCCCUUGCUAAUUUUCAGAGAGGGUGGCUGAGGGGAGGGACCUCCAGGUGAGGAGGGCACACAGGGCCUGGGGAAGGGAUGGGAAGGGUUGCACACCAGGGCAGAUCAGGCUGGAUGGGAAGAGGUUUUUAUGGUUUCAGCACUGACCAUUUUCCCCUAAAAGGCUUUCCCAGGAUGCCAGGAAUGGUUCAGGAUGAGGAUUUUUGGGCGGACGAUUCUGGUGAAGGUUGGAACAUUUCUGAGACAGAUCUAGGCCUCAAGCUCAUCCUGCUGCCCCAGCACCAGCCCCGUGCUCCAGCCCAUCCAUCCCCACCCCCGUGGCUCCCCAGCAGGGCUGCUGAGCGUUUUUAGGGUUUUUUAAGGGUUUUUUUAGGGUUUUUUGGGGGUUUUUGGGGCUCCAGAGCCCCUCUGGAAGCAUCGGCGUCUGUCCCGCCAAAGGUGCAUGAGCUGAAAGCAAAGCUUUCCCUCCGAGGACAAACCUGCUUUUUGCUCUCACAAUUCACUGGGCCACUCUAGAAGUCGUUGCUGCAGGUUGAGAACAUUUGUGGUGCAGCUCAGGGCCCUGAUGAAACCUUUUUUUUUUGUGUCCUUCAGCACGGAAAAAGAGAAUUUCCGCCACUGGGGCAUGCGCAUGUGUAAGCUUUAUUUCUGUGAAUAGGGCACUUACAGCUUAAGGUGUGUGUGUUCUGUCUUUCUCUCCCCCCCUGUAUUUUCUUGUCUUUGGUAUCCAUGUAGUACGGACUGUAAAGUUUAUGAGAUCUCAUUUUUGUAACAUAAGCUUUAAAAAAAAAAAUAUUAUAGAAGCCUCCAAAGCUUUCAAACGGGGAAGCUUCACGUAAACUUUGUACUAGAAUGUCCCUAUCAAACACCUCUAUUUUUCUACAAUGAUUGAUUAAGCAGUUUAACAAUGUAUUUUGUGUCAAUGAUUUCAACUGAAUUGGUACGAAGACAAUUAAGAAUUGAAUGCUGUUAAUUAACAAUGGAUUUUCAAGCCGUA